GAGGGCGAGUCGCCGCCCCGCCGUCGCCGUCGCCGUCGCCGCCGCCGCCCCUCUUCCCUUAAGUCUCAGUCUUCGGUCAAAGAAGGCAGCCGGGCGUCGCCUGCAUCCGAACUUCUGCUCGAAGCCGAAUCGCUGCACGAAGCCGAAGUCAAAGUUCCCACCAUCGUUGGUCCUUUGUAUUUAUCCUGGACCCCCGAGGAGGUGGCUGAAUGGAUCGGCGCUUUGGGCUUUCCUCAGUACAAGAGUGUUUUACUACAAAUUUUAUCUCAGGACGGAAACUCAUACAUGUAAACUGUUCAAAUCUGCCACAGAUUGGGAUUACUGAUUUUGAACAUAUGAAGGAAAUUUCAAAGCAUGUACGAGAAUUGCUGAAAAUUGAGGAACCCCGUUUUGAAAGAAGUAUCUCUCUCCCACCUCGAGAUAACAUUGGGUUGUUCUUAGAACAGAAGUCUCGAACUGGAAAGCGCAGUGAUGCUCUUAGUUAUUCCCAGUUUAUUGAAGAAGCAAGGUUACAAGAUUAUGAACCAAAGCCUCCAACUCCACUAUAUGAAGAACUACAGCCUUCAACUCCAUCCUAUGAAGAACUACAACAAGCCAGUUCAUUUUUCUCAAGAUAAGAGAAAGUAUUUAUUGUUCACAUAUUUCAGAUAUUACAUGUAACUUUUUCUGCAUUUCUACUUCAGUUUUCACAGGGAACAAAAUUGUAUAUGGAUGCAGUUUAACCAGUAUCCUAAUCCUAAAUAUCAUGGAGGAAGAGCUUACUGAUGGAUGCAAAACAGAAAAUUUUGCACAUCAGUAUUGCAAAAUAAAGUCAUGUGUGAACACA